AUGGCCCUUUCUGUAGUUGCACCGUUCUACCAAAAUGGCUUGUACGUGAACGCGGUGUGCAAACAGCUCGUUGCUUCACAGCAUAGGUUUCAAGCGCCGCCACAAAUAAUUAUCGUUUCUUAUCACGGAAUUCCGCUUUCCUAUCAAACAAAAGGUGAUCCGUACGGUUUUCAAUGCAAGCAUACAACUGCACUUAUACGGAAGAAUUUAGCCUUGCCAGUAUGUAAUCUGCUGACUACAUUCCAGUCUCGAUUUGGACGCCAGGAAUGGUUAAAGCCUUACACUGAGGACACCGUCAUACAACUUGCCAAACAAGGCGUGAAGCGUAUCAUGGUAGUAGCACCUGGCUUUAUGAGCGACUGCUUGGAGACAAUAGAGGAACUGGAACACGAACUCGCACGCAUUUUCAGGUAUUCCUUCAGAAUGUUUCAAAAUAGUUGA